UUCCCAAAGUUAUUGGAUGCAUUGAUGGGACCCAGAUAAGAAUUUUGGCACCAUCAGUUAAUGAACCUGAUUAUGUCAACAGGAAGGGAUUUCAUAGCCUCAAUGUCCAGAUGGUGUGUGAUCCAGCUUUUCGAGUGACCUCACUUUGUGCCAGAUGGCCUGGAUCAUGUCAAGAUUCAAGAAUUUUUAGAAAUUCCCAUCUUUGCCAACAGUUUGAAAAUGGGUUGCAUGAUGGUAUUUUGGUUGGAGAUUCUGGGUACCCCCUCACAAGAUACUUGAUGACACCCUAUCUGACACCUUCAACCCAAUCUGAGGAGAGGUUCAAUACCAGUCUUUGCAGAACUCGAGUUCUGAUUGAGCAGACUUUUGGCAUCAUAAAAAGAAGGUUUCAAGCACUCCAUGUGGGUUUCAGAGUUUCCCCAGAACAGGCGGUAGAGUACAUUACGGCCUGUGUUAUUCUCCACAAUCUGGGAAUUGAAAGAGGUGAUAUCUGUGUGCAGCAGAAUUGUGCAGACAUUGAUGUGACUGCAUGUAUUCAACAGUAUGUGCAGGAACCAGGACGUGACCGUAAUGAUGGCAUUAUAAAGAGAGCAACAAUCACACAAGGGUUCUUUUAAAGGAUAUAUACUGUGAAUAACCUUGAACUGUCGUUUUUGUUAUUUAAUAAAAACACGUACUGUAAAGUUGUAAGUGAAAAUAUC